ACCAGCAACAAGACAAACCGCCUCUUCGUGCAUCCCCACUCUACCCACCUUUUCUUACUUUCCUCAUCGUAAUCUGAAAGCUUCGUCUUCUGUCCCGCGCCAGAAACUCAAAAUAAACCGCGAACUCCUGCUCACCUCCCUCAGCUCCAACCUUUUUUUUUUUUUACUCCAACCUCAAUCACCAUGACUUCCAAACUUGACCAGUCCCUCGACGAGAUUCUUGCUGAGCGUCCCCGUGGUUCUCGCCGCGGCGGAAAGGGAGGUGCUUCCAACGCUUCUGCCGGUGGUAUUCGCAAACGCUCUCAGAGAGCCGCCGCCCACAAGGCCAAUGUCGCCGUUACCCAAAACACUUCGAAGACCUCUAGCAAUGUCCCUACUGGGCCUUCGGGCAAGGUUACUGCGUCAAAGAUUAUUGUUUCCAACCUGCCCUUCGAUGUUUCUGAGGCGAUGAUCAAGGAAUACUUCACCAAAGUUGUCGGCCCGAUCAAACGUUGUGUUAUUACUUAUGGCCCCAACGGCCACUCUCGUGGCAUUGCCACGGUUGAGUUCUCUAGAUCCUCCGAUGCUGCCACGGCCGCUCAGAAAUACAACGGGGUUGAAGUUGAUAGAAGACCUAUGAAGGUUGAGCUCGUCGUUGAUCCCAACGCGCCAUCUUCUAACUUUGCCGACCGUAUUGGAGCUCCCAAGCCCCUCCCUGGAGCCAAAACCGUGGGCGUGCUGGCGCUGGGCGCCCUGGCAGAGAAAAGAAGAAGACUGCAGAUGAGCUCGACGCUGAUAUGGCCGACUACUUCGAUGGCGGCAAUACUGGAAACACACCAGCCAAUAAUACUACCCAAGCCACCAAUGGUGGUGAUAUCGGUAUGGACGAUGAUGUUUUGUAAAUCGAACGUCGUCGAUGACAAGGUAUGGCAAUGUUUCGGGAGGGUUUGGGUAAACGUUUAAUCAGUUAGUUUUGGGCUUUUUAUCUAGCAUUGCUGGGGAAUGGCCUCUUUUUUUUCAUUGCUAGGUCAGCUUGUUCAUUGUCAAGGAUGUGGAAAAGGUUGGGAUAACAAGUCUGGAUUCGGUUUUCCUUUGUAUUGUUCUAUUUGCUUGGUUCUACUUAGUGUUCCCACGUGGAGGACGACUACACUAUUCGCAUUCAAUGCAGUUAUUUUCUUGGUA